GACCCCCUUCCCGGGCAGCGGCCCCCCGCUCCUCACCUUAUGUUCUACGUGGGCCUCUUCUGCGUCAACCUGCUCAUCCUCUACUACGCCUUCCUCCUGGAGUACAUCGCCCUCAACGUGGGCAUCGUCUUCCUCCCCGAGGACAUGGACCAGGCCUUGGUGGACCUCGGGGUCCUCUCUGACCCGGCCCUCGGCCUCUAUGACCUGGACAGCGAGGUGGACGUACUGGACGGCUACUGGGAGUAAAAGCUGACUGGUCAAGCCAGAGCCGGACCGCCGAGGAGGGCCAGACCCAAAUGAGAAGCUAAGGAGAGGACCCAAGUAGUCUCCAAGGAGGAAAACCGGGCAUUGGACAUCCAGACGUGGCCACAAGGCUGGGCUCCACCUUCGCCAGACCUUGCCGGACUCGAGUUGGGAUGGCGGACCCUGGAUUUGGAAGGGGCCACAAAUGUCCCGCCUGGGCCAGAAAUGGAUGUCCAACUUGUUGGGUUGGCGGGUGCUUCUCAGGGAACGGGGUGGGUGCCUUUGCGAUUCAGGGAAGGGCUUCCUGCAAACUUUGGGAGCAAGAUGGACGGAUGGAUGGACGGACGGAGCAUGGAGGGAAGGAGGAGGCCGGCUACCUUGCGUCUCCGUGGAAGAGGAGUGGGCCAUGCGCGGGGCGGCCCCUUUCCGGCGUUGAUAUUUGCAGGAGGUUGUGACCCAUAGGAAAACGCGGCUGAGAUUUCCAAGCCAGGAGCGCAAUGGGACAAGGCUGGGGCAAAAGGACAAGGCUUUCGAAGCUUGCAAGGUCUCCCCCGAAAAGAGGGCUGCACCGAGGGUCUGAAUCUAGCCUCUUCCUCGGCCCUUUUGCCGCUAUUAUCAGAGGUUUUGCCAUGGUUCUGCAGGGAUUUUUUAAACACAACGAUUCAGGAUUUGCUUAGAAGGGCUUCCAAGACGCCUCUCAAAGAGAGUCGGGUCGUUUUUGUUGGAUUUAGAAACAAAAAAUCACUUGCUUUUUGCAAACUUCCAAUUUUGGGUGAGACAUUGAGAACAUUAUUAUUAUUAUUAUUAUUAUUAUUAUUAUUAUUAUAUUUAUUAGUAUCCCACUCCUUUCCCCCCCAAAAAAGUAUAAGAGCUUUCGCACAUUGCAUUUGUGGGGUUGCUUUUAAGAGGAGGGGGCUUAAUCAUGGGAAAUCAUGCAUCCAUCAUUGGACUGCUACUCCCAUCAUCCCUAGCCAGCACAUCAGUAUGGCCAGGGGAUUAUGGGAGUUAUUGUCCAUAGGGUUAUUUGGCACAUUGGGUUUGAGUCCAAUGAAGAUGGAAGGUGGCUGGGUGAUCCUGGGAACUGUAUUUUGCUGCCAGGACCAAUGGAAAUGCCAGGAUGGAGGACCAUGGACGUUGUAGUCUUUUUGGCCAGGGUCCAGAUAUGAGAAUGCCAGGAUGGAAGACGCCUGGUUCAAGGUUCAUACCUUCAUGCCCAAAACACUGACUUGCGCAUGGAAAGCUUGCGUAUCAUUAAAGAUGCAUUACAGCAUGUCAUGCUACAGUGCUAGGUUUCCAGCUGCGGGGAAUGCCUUGGUUUUGGCAACUGCCGAGACAAGCGAUCCUUUUGCAUGCCUCCGGAGCAGCUCUGGCUAACUAGCCCACGGCUACUAAACCCACGCUCUUUCUGAAAAAGCGCAAUCCCUCUCCAAUGGCGGCAAUCCGUAGUCGCCAUUUUUUAAAUGCUAGAGAUCAAGUUGCACUUUCCGAAUUCUUUUUCUGAGCCCGUCAAGCGCCGGGAGCCUCAUUUCGAACCCUCAAAGGAGUUGCCUUUUUAAUGCAAAAGGUUAUUUUUAAAAACAUGAAAUAAAAUCCAGAUUUUGCAGGGAAUGUAGUCACUACAGAGAAGAAGUAUUUUUGUAGCUUUGAGAAAGGAACCAAGGCCUCGUUCAUCGAUGCUCAGAGAUUAUUUUUGGGGGGGUAAAGUGUUUAAACGCAGUUGUUUUGUCAGGGAGAAAAAAUGUAAAGCAAAGCAAUAUGUAAAUAUCCUAUUCCAAAUACAACCGUGCAAAGAUCCCUUGCGAGGAUUGU